AUGGCUGUCACACUCCGUCGUAGUGCUUCCUACAGUACAGGCAGCAUUGCUAGGUCAAAUUUCCAAACUUCAGGUUGGGGGAUGGGGCUGAAUGGCAUGGCUAGCUCGAGUCAAUCCAUCCGUGGUCACUACGGUCCUAAUUUCGAUUUUUCAUCCUCAUUUUCCCCCUCUCAUGAGUUCUCAGUGUUUGGCAGUGAAAAGCUGGCCAUGCAGAAUCUUAACAGCCGUCUGGCAUCGUACCUGGAGAAGGUUCUCUCUUUGGAAACUGCCAAUCUAAAACUUGAGCAGAAAAUAGACAAGUUUAAUGAAAGCAGAACCCCCGCCAGCAGGGAUCUGAGUAAAUACUACAGCAUCAUUGAAGACCUGCAGAAGCAGAUUAUUUCUAUGGCCAAACAAAAACAAGAGGUUUACACAAAGCUGGACAAUGCUAAUAUAACAGCUUCUGAAUUUAAGAUGAAGUUCGAGAACGAGAGGGACAUGUGUUUGUCUGUAGAAGCAGACCUGACUCGUCUGCGCAUGGCUCUUGGGGAGACUGAGAUGGAAACCAAAGACCUACAAAUCCAGAUGUCUUGGCUAAAAGAAGAACUGAUUUUCCUCAAGAAGAGCCACGAGGAGGAUCUGCACAUGGCUCGCACUCAGCAGAACGGCUCAGUGAAUGUGGAAGUAGACUCUGCUCCAGCUGUGGACCUCAAUAACAAGCUGGAGGAGAUACGAGAGCAGUAUGAGGCAGUCAUCAUAAAGAACCGUAACGAAAUUGAGCAGUGGUUCCAGAACAAGGUAAAGAAUUUGAACACUGAAGUGCUUAAAAGCCACACUGAGAUCACAACUUCCCAAACAGCCUUCAGUGACCUGAAGAAAACCUACGAGACCCUGGAGAUAGACAUCAAAGGGAUUCACACACAGAUUCAAAUGCUGCAGAACGAUCUGGUUCAGGUGGGGGCACGUUACAGUGAGCAGCUAUCACAGCUGCAGUUGUACAUAGACCGAAUACAGACAGAGCUGCAGCAGAUCACUGCCAACAUACAACAACAGGCUAUGGAGUACCAGCUGCUGUUGGACAUCAAGAUGAGGCUGGAGCUGGAGAUUGCUGAAUACAGGAGGCUGCUAGAGGGAGAAGGACAAGGGUAUCGUAUCGACACAUCCACGGUGACCAAGAAGGUGACCGAAACAGUCGUGGAAGAGACGCAAGAGACGCAAAAGACGCAAGAGGAAAAACAUCAUCACCAGAGACGUGUGAAGGUUAUCGUUGAGGAGCUGGUGGAUGGAGUGAUUGUGUCCUCGAGUGUCGAUGAGAAAGUGCAGGAUUUGCCCAACUGAAGAGAAAAUGCCUUACAUUUAGUUAUAAUCAUAAUAGUGCUUCUACAGUUGCCGAUCAAAAUAACAAUGCAAAGAUUUGGGCUGUUUGGGUUGCAGCAGAGAUUUAUGAACAGUUCAACGUUCAACGUUUGUGUGGUGUUGACUUUUAGAAAUGGUGUUGAGUGAAAUGUUUGGCUUUAGGAUAUGUGGUAACAUAUUUUCAUUUUCAAAUCUGUUGCUUAGUCACUAGGUGUCAUGUUUGUCUAACUCAUGUGUUAGGGAUUCAUACCAAGUGGAGUGUGCUGCCUGCCUUAACAAGAAAUAUCAUAUUCACAGACACAUGCUUUGUGUUCCAGAGAUUACAAUAAAGUGAACUGUGCAAAUAAGCUAACAUGAGGUUAUGUUUUUGC